GCAGCGGGCCACGCCGCCGGCCUUGCCCGAUGGCGAGGCUGCGGGAUUGCCUGCUCCGCCUGACGGUCACGAUCCGGUCCCUGCUCUUCUGGUCCCUGGUCUACUGCUACUGCGGGCUCUGCGCCUCCGUCUACCUGCUCAAACUUUUGUGGAGCAUCGGCAAGGGACCCGCGCAGACCUUCCGGAGGGUCGCCCGGGAACACCCUCCCGCGUGUUUGAACGACCCCUCUUUGGGUACCCACUGCUACGUGCGGAUCAAGGAUUCGGGGUUAAGAUUUCAUUAUGUUGCUGCUGGUGAAAGAGGCAAACCACUUAUGCUGCUGCUUCAUGGAUUUCCAGAAUUCUGGUAUUCUUGGCGUCACCAACUAAGGGAAUUUAAAAGUGAAUAUCGAGUUGUAGCGCUUGAUCUGAGAGGCUAUGGAGAAACAGAUGCUCCCAUUCAUCGAGAAAAUUACAAAUUGGACUGUCUAAUUACAGAUAUAAGGGAUAUUUUAGACUCUUUAGGAUAUAGCAAAUGUGUUCUUAUUGGUCAUGACUGGGGGGGGAUGAUUGCUUGGCUAAUUGCCAUCUGUUAUCCUGAAAUGGUGAUGAAACUUAUUGUUAUUAACUUCCCUCACCCAAAUGUAUUUACAGAAUAUAUUUUACGACACCCUGUCCAGCUGUUCAAAUCCAGCCAUUAUUACUUCUUCCAAAUACCAUGGUUCCCAGAAUUUAUGUUCUCAAUAAAUGAUUUUAAGGCUUUGAAACAUCUGUUCACCAGUCACAGCACUGGCAUUGGAAGAAAAGGAUGCCGAUUAACGACAGAAGAUCUUGAAGCUUAUAUUUAUGUCUUCUCCCAGCCUGGAGCAUUAAGUGGCCCAAUUAACCAUUACCGAAAUAUCUUCAGCUGCCUGCCUCUCAAACAUCACAUGGUGACCAUUCCAACACUACUACUGUGGGGAGAGAAAGACGCAUUUAUGGAGGUUGAGAUGGCUGAAGUCACAAAGAUUUAUGUUAAAAAUUAUUUCAGGCUAACUAUAUUGUCAGAAGUCAGUCAUUGGCUUCAGCAAGAACAACCUGACAUAGUAAACAAACUGAUAUGGACAUUUCUGAAAGAAGAAACAAGAAAAAAAGAUUGAUUUUCUAUAUCUUCUAUGAGGGGUCUAUAAUGAAAUCGCUAAAUAAUUUUUAAUAAUUGUUCAUCAACCUCUUUAAGCUUCAUUAGGAAAAAAUGUUUUAAUAUGCUUUAUCAUAAACAUCCCAACAAAUGAUAUUGAAAAAAAUCUGAGAAUGUGUGGACUUAUAACAUGAUGUUGAUUUUCUUCUGUUGAAUUUUGCACGGUAAAGCAUCUGCCUUAAAAUGUGUACAUUGGUACAAAAAGGAAGUUGGGGCAAGUGGCUCAGUUUUUAUUUCUUGCAUUCUUUACCCUGUUAACAUCUGGUGCCUUUUAUAAAUGUAUAUUAAAGAUUAGCUGUGCCAUGUUUAAAAAGGCAAACCUGCAAUGGUAUAAAUUUUCAUUUUAUUGUUCAAAACUUCUUUUUACUAUUUUUCAACCAUUAAAAGAUUCUAUUGUAAAAUCUCUUGGAUUUAUAAUAUGCUUAUGAGUUUGAAGGCAAAGAUGAUUAGAAGAAUAUGCAUUCUUAAAACAAGUCAUAAAUUCUAUUUAU